GCCAGUAGAGGGAUUGGCAGAGAGGGGAGGAGGAAACUGAGUGGAGGCCAGUGGAGGGAUUGGCAAAGAGGGGAGGAGGAAAGUGCAGGGAUUGGCAGAGAGGGGUGGAGGUCACUGAAUGGAGGUCAGUGCAGGGAUUGGCAGAGCGGGGUGGAGGACACUGAGUGGAGGCCAGUGGAGGGAUUGGCAAAGAGGGGAGGAGGAAACUGAGUGGAGGCCAGUGGAGGGGUUGGCAGAGAGGGGUGGAGGACACUGAAUGGAGUUGGUAAGAUGGAUGAGUCUGGCAGCAGCAUUCAUGAUGAGCUGGAAGAGGGGUAUUACAAGCUCAGUUCUAGAAGGAUUUUGUUUCUGGACGUGGUGUGACAUCCAAAUGUCAGAUAGCGGCAAAGGGCUUGGCAGGUGCAGACGUUUUUUUUUUUUUUUAGAUUUUGCCGAGUUGUCGUGACAACACUGGACCCCGAGAUCGAAGAUGGAUUACAACGAUGGA